AUGGCUAAUUACCUCCAAAUGAGUUGUACAACGUACAGAACUGGUCCCCAGGUGGGUGUUCAAUCCCACACCCUCAAAUGGGUCUGCCUCGUGGAAUCUGGGGGAGGCAGAAGCUCAUUCAAACAGAAACGGAAACAUAAAACAUUGAAAUUAUUCAUUGCCACCGUCAACGUAAGAACUUUGAAAUCGCAGGAACGUCUCGAGGAACUAGAAGAAGAACUGACGCAAAUCAACUGGGACAUCCUAGGCUUGAGCGAAACAAGACUGUUAGAAGAAAAAUGCACAAUUCUACAUUCGCGUCACAUGUUCUUCCAAAACAACAAAGACACAAACCCACAUAUCGGAGGCAUCGGAAUACUUGUGAACAAGAGAAUAAAGCAUCUGGUGACAAAAAUUAUCGCAAUAUCAGACAGAGUAAUUUAUAUAGUAGUACAAAUAUCCGAGGGGUACACACUACAAGUCAUCCAAAUAUACGCUCCUAUCAGCAACUCAAGAUGA